GAAGUAAUGUUGAAUUUCCUCAUAGCAGUGGAUUGAUUAAACAUGUCCGGCUAUGCUUCAUGUGCUGUUUUUGCACAUUUAAUUCUGAAACCAAUUAUACAUGCAAAUGUUAGCCUCUUCUGAUGCGUGUGCAAAUCUUCACAAGUUUUUAAUCAUGUUUAUGCCCUUAAAAUACGAUUUAUUUCAAAGACAAAUGAGAAACAGAGCAGUGUCUUCUCUCUCCAGUACAGCAGGAGGCGCUGCAGCUCUUUAGUCCGCCAAUAAACCCACUAAAGAAAGAAAGAGCUCGCGUGUGAUGUGUUUGUGUAUCAUCAGUGUUUUUCUCUCUUGAGUGUUUAAACAGAGUCUUGUCUCUGUGUAUUUUAGUGUUGAUGAUGGAUGAGAUGUGCUGUAAAUCAGUAGGAACUGAUCUGUCCAUGCUGGAUAUUGAUGAUUUCAUCACAGAAAUCUCUCAGCUGAAGAAAGAGGUGGCGUUACUGGAGACAAAGCUGAGAUUAAGAGGAGAUGAAGGACUGAAGAGAGAGGAUCUCAGUCUGUCUUUACUCUGUUAUACUGAGUCAAAGUCCACAGACGCUCAGGACACAACAGUGUGUGACAGUAAUGAGGGCUUACACGAGGAUCAAACCUCCACAGAGUCUCUGGAUUCUGUCUGUAACGCUGGAGAACAGCAGCAGAUCCUGCAGACCAAACUCAAGAUGUGUUCAGUCAAACUUAUCGACUGCACGAACCUCAUGAUGAAGAUCAAAACUGAACCCACAGAAAUAAAAACUGAACCCACAGAAAUGAAAACUGAACCCACAGAAGAGGAAGAUCAUAAUGAUGAAAAUGAGGGUUGUGGUGGUGAUGAUUUUAUUCCUUCAGAUGAGAGGAAUGAUUCAUGUUCUGAAGGAGAAAUAACGUCCUCAACAUCAAAAGAAAGACAUUUAGAGAAAAAACACACAGAACAGAAACUCUUCACCUGCAGGACAUCUGAGAUCAACUUUACUACCUUACAAGAGAAGAAACUUAAUUCAGAAGAUCACAGAGAGAAGAAGAAGAAGAGAAAGAAAAAGAAGUUUGACUGUCAGCAGUGUGGGAAGAAUUUUGACUUCUUAUCUCAGCUACAAAUUCACAUGAGGAGACACAGUGGUGAAAAGCCUUUCCAAUGCAGUGAAUGUGGCAAAUAUUUCAGCAGCAAACAAAAUCUUGAUGCUCAUCAGAGAAAUCAUACAGGUGAAAAACCGUAUAAAUGCUCUCGGUGUGAGAAGACGUUUGCUUUAUUAAUUACCUUAAAAUCCCAUGAGAGAGUUCACACUGGAGAGAAACCUUAUGUCUGCUUGAUCUGUGGUAAGACCUUCUUUAGUCUAAAUUCUUUCUGCUAUCAUCGAAGAGUUCACACUGGAAAAAAACCUUACAAAUGCUCUUAUUGUGAAAAGACGUUUACUCAUUCAGGCAACUUUAAAGCCCAUGAAAGAAUUCAUACUGGAGAGAAACCUCAUCACUGUAGUGUUUGUGGGAUGAGUUUCAGUCGACAUUACUGUUUAUUGACACACCAGAGAACUCAUACAGGUGAAAAACCUUACAAAUGCUCUCUGUGUGAGAAGACAUUUGCUCACUUAAGUUGUUUAAAAGCCCAUGAGAAAGUUCACACUGGAGAGAAACUUUACAAAUGCUCUUAUUGUGAAAAGACGUUUACUCAUUCAGGCAACUUAAAAGCCCAUGAGAGAAUUCACACUGGAGAGAAACCUCAUCACUGUAGUGUUUGUGGGAAGAGUUUCGGUCGACAUUACAGUUUAGUGACACACCAGAGAACUCAUACAGGUGAAAAACCUUGAUACCCCAUGAGACCCCCUAAAAGACUCUGCUUUCUUCAGUAUAACCCAUUCAAAUCUUUCUAAAUAAAUUAUAUACGUAAUGUGACGAAAACACUACAAGAAACACAGAGGAAACAGACUAGUCUGACAAAACACCAGACAUCUUCUCUAAUUAUUUUCUAUUCAAAUUAUUAAUAGAUUUCCAGAUGAUUUCAUCAUUCCAGUCUGUCCAUGUAAGGGCUUAUUUCAACCACUAGAGCUAUCACAAAGAUUAAAUGAUAGUCUAAUCAUGAUUGUCUGACAUCGUCGCGAUGGUUUCAGAUCAUCGCGAUGAUUGCACAUCUCUAAAAAAACACAAGGGGGAGCUGCAGCGCAUGUAUAAAUGAGACAGUAUCUGAUGCCGCCAUUUAAUACAGUUAAUAGCAUGAACUGUUAAAACAUAUAUUUCCAAAACAGCAAUUCCAAAUUUAGGGAAGUGAAUAGUGCUGUGACAGAUCGCAGUUGAUCCGUACGACCCAUGGUUCGCCCGCAUGUGAUUCGCGGAAUAAUAUGCAAAUUUAAAUAUGGGAAGUUUAUAUUUGCACGUGUUUCAAAGGCUUGCAAAUGUUAACCGUAAAUGAUUUUAAACAAUUAAACCACAAAAAGGCGCUAAAGUGAGCAGUGUUCUUUACACACAUGCGGUUGAAUGUGUCCGGUCAAGCUCCAGUCAUCACUAUAUCACGCCCUUCAAAUAUGCCCAGAACCUUUGAUAUGUAAACUUUAGAGAGAGUUGUGCUAUUUUAUCUCAUACUGUAGUCCAUUAACAUACAUUUGGCGAAUAGAGCAAUGAAAAACAACGUUAUGUGGGUUCAACUUUUUGCGCUGUUUGGAAUUCGCCCUCCGUUUAUGUGUGCGUGCACGGGUUUAAGUGCCCUCAGUAGUACAGAGACGCGUUUCAAAAAUCAACCGAACAUAAAAUCUUUCUGUUAUUGACUGGGAACAUACAAACAAAAUGAUCUCCACAGUUUUCUUUUUCUAAUUAAAACAUUUGUUUAUGUCUUAAGUGUAUGUAUAGAUUACAGGCAGCAACCAGUCUGUGCUCUUUUGGUCUUAAAGAGACAGUAACCUUAAUUGACAUACUUAAGUCUGUGUCAUUAAUGUUGAUCAAAAAACCCAAGACAUUCAAUAUUAUUCAUUUGAUAAUGUAUUGUAUUCAUUCACUGUAAACUCUUUAGACAGAUUUUUUUUAACACAGAAAUAAUUUCAGGGACAUGAAAUAUUAAGUUGUGAUUUUUAAAAAUAAAACUAGUGAAUGAGUUCAAAUGUU